AUGAAAGUGAUCAAAGGAUAUCAGAAAUCCUUACCCUGGAAAAUGGAUAGUUAUAAUCCCCAUGCAGUGACCUAUGAUGAUCUACAUAUCAACUUCACUCAGGAAGAGUGGGAUUUGCUGAAUCCUUCCCAGAAAAAUCUCUACAAAGAUGUGAUGCUGGAGACCUACAGGAACCUCACUACUAUAGGGUACAUUUUGGAGGACUGUAACACUGAAGAACAUAGUCAAUGUUCUAGAAGACCUGCAAGUCAUAAAAGAACACAAAAUAAAGAAAAAUCAAAUGAAUUUAAUCUGCUUGGUAAGGCGUUUGCUGAUCACAGUCAUCUUCAAAGGCAUAAAAGAACACAUACUGGAGAGAAACCCUAUGAAUGUAGUCAGUGUGGUAAAUACUUUGCAUGUCUGGAUUGUUUUCAAUUGCAUGAAAGAACACAUACUGGAGAAAAACCCAAUGAAUGUAAUCAGUGUGGUAAGGCAUUUGCUCAACGUGGUAGUCUUCAAAAGCAUAAAAAAACACAUACUGGAGAGAAACCCUAUGCAUGUAAUCAGUGUGGUAAGGACUUUGCUGAAAAGAGUACUCUUCAAAAGCAUAAAAGAACACACACUGGAGAGAAACCCUAUGAAUGGAAUCAGUGUGGUAAGGCAUUUGCUCAACACAGUCAUCUUCAAAGGCAUAAAAAAAGACAUACUGGAGGGAAACCCUAUGCAUGUAAUCAGUGUGGUAAGGCCUUUGCUGAAAAUAGUACUCUUCAAAAGCAUAAAAGAGCACACACUGGAGAGAAACCCUAUGGAUGUAAUCAGUGUGGUAAGGCCUUUGCUCAACGUCGUACUCUUCAAAUGCAUAAAAGAAUACAUACGGGAGAGAAACCCUAUGAAUGUAAUCAGUGUGGUAAGGCCUUUUCACGUCAUAGUUACCUUCAAUACCAUAAAAGAGCACAUACUGGAAAGAAACCCUAUGAAUGUAAUCAGUGUGGUAAGGCCUUUGCUCAACGUGGUAGUCUUCAAAAGCAUAAAAGAACACAUACUGGAGAGAAACCCUAUGAAUGUAAUCAGUGUGCUAAGGCCUUUGCUGAAAAUAGUACUCUUCAAAAGCAUAAAAGAACACACACUGGAGAGAAACCCUAUGAAUGUAAUCAGUGUGGUAAGGCCGUUGCACGUCAUAGUUACUUUCAAUACCAUAAAAGAGCACAUACUGGAGAGAAACCCUAUGAAUGUAAUCAGUGUGGUAAGGCCUUUGCUCAACGUGGUACUCUUGAAAUACAUAAAAGAAUACAUACUGGAGAGGAACCCUAUGAAUGUAAUCAGUGUGGUAAGGCCUUUGCACGUCACAGUCACCUUCAAAGGCAUAAAAGAACACAUACUGGAGAGAAACCCUAUGAAUGUAAUCAGUGUGGUAAGGCCUUUGCACGUCACCGUCAUCUUCAAAGGCAUAAAAGAACACAUACUGGAGAGAAACCCUAUGAAUGUAAUCAGUGUGGUAAGGCCUUUGCACGUCACAGUCAUCUUCAAAGGCAUAAAAGAACACAUACUGGAGAGAAACCCUUUGAAUGUAAUUAA